AUGAAGCGCGCCAUCCGAACACUCGAACAGAUUCAACUACGCUUGGCGAGUGACACGGCGACCGCCUCCAGCGGUGGCGGCGGCCACCACGCCGGAGUCACCGCUGAGCAGCGCCGCGCUGCCGAGGCAGCCAAGCAGCAGCAACUGGCAAAGUUGACGCCGUACAAGCAGGCCGAGUACUGCUGCCUCGAAUGCGUUGCAGAAUUGCGAGAAGCCCUGCGCGAUGUCGAGGAGCUGGAGGACGCGUUGGGACGUGGACCCAGUGGUAGCGUCACUCGCUCGAGGGAGGAGAAGGAGACUGAAGAUGUUGUGGGCGAGGACGAUGACGAGCACACAAAGCUGCUCUGCCGACGUGAAGUGCGCUCAGGGUCGUCGCGGUCCACCGAUACUGCUCUGCUAGAGCAGGAGCUUGCUCGUAGGAGGCAGCAGGCAAGGCGUGCGCAUCAGCACCUUCAGCAGCUUCAGCGUGAAGCUGCACGACUCGCCUCCACGGCCGCUGCUACGGCACCGGCAGUUACGUCCUCCGCUGCCGUCACACCGACUCCGUCCGCAGCGCUGGAGGCACUUGAGUGGCAGCGCGCCCUGCCGCACGUAGAGCGGGCGAAGCGGUGGUAUCGUGAAGUGUUUCGCAUUCAUGUAGUGUCGUCUCUGAACGAUCCGGUGCUGCAGCUGAACAGACCCGCACAGCCGCAACAGUCGAUGGGCAGCAUGGCGUACUUCGGCAGAGGCGCCAAUGCCGUCUCGUCAUCUGUGACUGCUGCCGCUGUGUUCUCUCCCCCUUCGGCACAGGCGCCGAGUGGCGGGAGCGCUGUCGGGUGGGUGAGCACACAGGAAGGCAGUGAGGCACGCGCAGACGGCGGUGGUGCCGCUGUGUCGACUGUAUCGCCAAUGCAUGUGCUCCGCAGCGCCCGUGAAGAUGCGGAGUUUCGCGAGUUCUUUGCCUCUGUUCAGGCUAACGACGCGCUUAUCGACGCGGCUAUGGAUCGCCUCAGCGACGGCGUUGGCCGACUCCUGGAGAACGCGCUUGGGGUGCGGGACGAGCUGGCGGUGCAGGAGGCGCUGCUGCAGCAGGCUGAGGCGUCUGUAGAGGCGAACGAGGCGCACCUCAUGCAGAUGAACCGCCGCCUCCGCCGCGCCAUUCGCGACACGGAGGAUUCGUCGAUCUGCAUGUAUGUUGUGUGCCUGCUCUUGCUUCUACUUGUGCUUGGGUUGCUGUUGCAUGUCGUGAGCUGA